AUGGCUCCCUCCACACAUAUCAUCUACCCACCCACAAUGUCCCCCGGCAUCCAAAACACCUUCAAGCACCACAACGCUCGCCCCCUCGAGGUCCGCGAGAAGCCCCUCUUCGUCAUCGACGUCGCAACCGUCAAAGACACCGUCCGCGACUUCAUAGCCUCCAUGCCAUCCACCGCCAACAUCGACGUCGUCCACUUCGGCGCCGUCAAAGCCUGCGCCGCUAACCCCGUCACCGACGUGUACGACCAGCUGCGAUGUGGUUUCGACUGUGCUUCCAAGGGCGAAGCCAAGCCCCUUGUUGACCGAGGUGUCAAUCCCGCGCGUAUCUCGCUUGGGAACUGCAAUCUUCCUACCAAUGAGCUGGAGUGGGGUAUUGAAGUUGGUAUUCAGUACUAUGCUGUCGAUAGCACCUCGCAGGUCCAUCGGAUGCUCGAGGCAGCUGGUCGUGUUGCGAAGCGUAAGGUUUGCGAUGUGGACACUAUUCUUGCUGAACUCAAGCCUUUCUGUCGUCUUGUCUGUUCUGGAAAGGGUUCCGACAAGCCAUUCUCUGCCAAGUUCGGUGUCGAUCCCGAAAUGGCCUUCGCUAUCAUCGAGGAAGCUCAGGCGCAUGGUCUGACUUUCGUUGGUCUCUCUGGUCAUCCCGGAACCCAGAACCUCGCUACUGACGCUUUCGUCCAGUUCGCGCAGCUCUUCCAUGGUGUCUUCGACCGUGUCAAGACCGAACUCGGCAUCACCAUGACUCUGGCCAACAUCGGUGGAGGAUGGGCUGGUAUCUCGACCAAGAAUGCCCCCUCGUUCGUCGAAUACAACAAACCCACCAUUGACAUCUUCUCGUCCGUCUUUGCCGACUGGCCUGUCAAGCUGAUCCUCAUGACCGAACCCGGACGCGCUUUUAUCUCCAAAGCUGGAUGGCUUCAGACCCAUGUCAUCAACGUCUCCAAGCAUACCGCCAGUGCUUCCGUCUCACGUGUCUUUCUCUCCGUCGGCAGUCUCCACGGACUGAACGAGGCCAACAAGAUUUCCUUCGAGUGGCACACGUCUGCUCCUUCUGAGAAGACGAAGCCUUGUGUUCUGUAUGGUGCCAGCUGCGACAGCUCCGACAUCAUUCUUGGGAAGGACGCCAACGGUAAGGAGAAGACUGUUGAUCUUCCCGAUAUCCUUGCUCCGGAUCAUCUUGUCUGGGUCUAUGGUCCCGCUGCCUAUGGGCCCGACUACUCGACUUCUUUCAACGGCGUUCCUCCCCCCAAGGUCAUCUACAUCAAUUCCAAGGAGGGAAUCACUUGCAAAACUCGAAGAGUCGGGUGCCGCACAUGGGCGGUGUGA